AAGCUUGAAGCAGUGAAAAUGAUGGUUUACAUUCUUAAUGUAUUCCAACUCUGGUCUCUGUGUGAAGCACUGUUAAGUGACAUCUCUCAGCCUGUUUCCUUUCAAGCAGUAAAACUAGGAGACAGAGUUAGCAUCACGUGUCACAUUCAACAUGAUGCACCAAGAAUGAGAGUGUGGUACAAACUGACCACUGGCAAAAGACUGCAGCUAGUGGCUUCAACAGAUACUCUGUAUAAUCUGACAAUAUUCAAAGAACCGUCUCAGCAUUUUUUAGUAAAAGCUGAAAGCUUCAAGAGUCAUCUGACCAUAUCCAAGACUAUACAGGAGGACACUGGUACGUACUACUGUGGAGUGUUAACACUAAAUAAGUGUGAAUUUGGACAAGGAACCUUUCUCCUGAUUAAAGGUACAAACCUGAUCAGUGACGCUGUCAUCCAUCAGUCAGAGUCCCAGACAGUGCAGUUAGCAGACUCUGUGACUCUCAGCUGUUCAGUUCACUCUGCUCAGUGUGCACCAGAACAUACUAGUAUCACAUGGAUGAAAAAUUCUGAGAAUUCUGCUCCAGAGAUGAUUUAUUCAUCAGGAAAUGAGAACACAUGUCAGAUGGCUGAAAGUGGAGAAAUGAUCUGCGUGUAUAACCUCUUCAUAUGGAACCUCACCUUGGACGAUGCUGGGACCUACUAUUGUGCUGUGACUUCAUGUGGACAUGCAAUGUUUGGAAAUGGGACCACAAUCAAAAUUCGCAAUGCUCGUGUCACCAAAUUACAUGAUAUCAGCCCUGCUUUUAUUGCAUUGAUGCUUUCAAAUAUUAUCCUUGGGAUAGCGACUCUUCUACUUGCAUGGGCACAUUGGAAGAAUCACAGAAAAGACCUGAAAAUACCAUCAGAAUCUGAUGGAUCUCCACAAGACAGCCAAAGUAGAUCUGGAGUCAUCUAUGCUUCAGUGUCUUCUGCUCCCAGAAUUUCCGCCUGCAGAUCUCCAGUGAAAAACAGUCAGGACACAGUGGUUUAUUCUGAUGUCAGGGUCUGCCAAAGAGACUGAAAGACCUGAAUCGAAAUAAACCAGGAAAAAAAAGGUUGGAUUUGUAUCACUGUGACUUGGAAAGCUUCUUACAGAAGCAUCAGCAAGAUCCUAUUUAACAUCAUGCUUGUAUCUGAAAAUAUAAGGUGCUACUGUACUUUGUUUAUGCAUUUACGAUGUAUAAUGAAUUUAGGUAUCAGUCUCAUUUCUAUAUGUUAUGUCGUCAUCAGUUUUUUGUUCGCUACAUAUAAAAAAAUAAUGGUAGUACUGUAGUGAUCUUAUCAUAGUCCAGGUCAAAACGUUAUGUGCCUGUUUCAAGCUCCACAUCCACUCUAUUCUUACAUAUCGGUGGUUUUCAGCAUGAUAUGCAAUACAAUGACAUCUCCCCCUCUUAGACAACGAGUAAAGAAAAGUAAGUUUUUGCUUAGAAACUUACUGAUUACUAAUUAACUAUUAGUGUUUGCAAAGGAUUCUCAGUCUUAAAAAUUUGGUUCUUUGCAUUAUUUUGCUAUGUGUGUGUAUGUGCAUGUGUGUGUGUGUGU